UCAAGAGUUCAGUCGUCGGUGUUCCUCGGUGUAGAGUCUUCAGCGAAGACCUACACUGGUGUCACCGAUACUCGGCAAGGCUUCAGCGAAGCCUAAGCCGUGGGCCACAAGCGGCGAAGCGCCAAAAGGGGCGCACGGGAAAAGAUUAGAUCAGACUCCUCCAAACUGGAGUAGAGCAUUACUACUGUUGCUACGGCACAGCCGGCACAGUAGCAGACUAAUAGCGCGAGGCACGCUACGGAACAGCGGCGACGCGGGAACGGAAGUGGAGAAGAAUUGGAUCAUCUGGAUCAUUUCCCCGCGGAACGGACGGUGAAACAGAUGGCACAGAAAGGUCAAGCAAAUCGACGAAGUCAGGGAACACUUCCAACGGACGUCGAUCAGUCUACGGGCUAUAACCCAAGGUGUCCGGACUGCUUACGCAACAACAGAAAGGUCGAUAAGAAGUUCCCGUGCUACACAUGUGUUCACAAGUUGGGGGACCCACACAUCGUUUCACUCGUGGGACUUAUGGAAGCUAAACGGGGGAACAUGGAUGUUUUUCGAAACCUCAUUAGCGCGAGGAAUUACGGCAGCAUCCCAGUAGAAGAGCGAAUGCUACUAGAGGAUCGUUACCGUGAAGCGAUCCGGAAUAACGAAAGUGGCUGGGAUGAGACUUUGGAGCCGUUGAAAUGUUCACAAACAGACGCAUACCGUAAGAAAUUUGAGGAGGAUCAGGAGAAGAUGCGGCGGCAACAGUUGGAGGAUGAACUCCGGGCGAAGAUCAAUGCGGCGAAUCAAAAGGCGAGCGAACAGGCCGCACGAGAGGCGCUGCCCAAUCCGUCGAGUUCAACCGUACCUACAGCCAGCCUCAACGAAGACGAAGCACAGCUGAUACGCCAGUCGCUUAUCAUUCAAAUUGACACGCUGACGAGUGAUCGGGCUGCCAUGCAACAGGACUUAUUCGAUGCGCUGUUACGCGAAAAGCUGAGACUACAGAAGGGUUUCGCUCCAGCACCAUACAUAAAGAAGGCAGUUGAAGAACGUAUGGAGGAGCUGCGUAAAUCCCGUCAGAACGAGAGCAAUGUCCUACAGGCGCUCAGAGGAUUCAGACGAGAUGAUGGGUUUACACGACCUCGUUCGCCUCCGCAUAGAGAAAGGUCAUGCGGACAUUCACGGGAACAUGAACAAACUUCUGAAAGACGAACCGAAAGGUCACGUGAACACUCCCGGGAAAGGACACGGGAUUACCGCAGCGAAAGGUCACGCGAACGUUCUCAUGACAGAUUACCGUGGCGGAAGAGGAUGGGUGCGUCAUAGCAACGAGAUAACGGAAACGAGUAUCCAACGGAAAAUAGAUACGGCAAAGAUCUUGGCAGCGACCAGAGAACGCGACGAACGACGGUGUACGGAGACUUACCGUACGGAACCUGAAAAGAAAGGUCAUCAGGUCCCGAUGGAAGUUGGAUUCCGUAAUCGCAAUGUCAGAAUGUUAACACCCGAAAGGUCAUGGGACAAAAGACGCGAACACACGCGGAAUCGAACGCCAGACCCACAGGAUAAACGAUGGCAGGAAAGAGCCAGGUAUUAUGCGGGUUUCGAAUCUGGCACAAGUAAAAGGUCAUCGAGCGCAGAACGGGAAGAUUCACCUCCAAAGUAUCAAAGAAUGGAGUCAACGGUCCACGUGGUGGACCCAAUUAUUAGCGCUGCUCAGGACGAUGACCCGAUGGAAGGAGCCAGUUCAGUCGCAGAAGCGUUCCAAGCAAAUGUGACGCACCGACGAAACGUAAUUCUGGACAGCGACCUUCAACCGGCUACACCGGCGAGUAAUGAACCGCCGCAGUCGGAAUCAGGAGAACGAAGCGCACAAGAAGGUCAGCGCGAACCGGAUGAACGUCGCGAAGUUGAUCGACGAGCGACUUCCAGAUUCAAUAAUCGACACCCCGACAUAAUCGACAUGGAAUACGAUAUGAGGGACACAGAUGAACAAAAGACGGAAAUUUGCCGAUACAUGGGAAUUGAAGAUGAUUCGGCGGACGCGAAUAAGAUUCAUACAAUUCUCAAUCAGUUGCGUCAAUUUUUAUUCGAUUCAGGCUAUGCGAAAGAAAUUAAAGAGGGGGUGGAACAAGGAAUUUUCCGUCCGUUAUACAUUCCCCGCGAUUCAGUAAGGGACUGUUAUCUCCCUAUUCGACGGAACGGACUACAUAGCCUACUGGAUCUGAGUUUACUGGAUGUACCACUGGACACGAUUCUAUUACAGAGACUAUCCCGAAUGACAAGAAUAUGUGGCUCAGUUCGUGUUACGACAUGUGAAUC